CUCGGCCUUCUCCGGGCCUCGGCCCGUGGGUGAUUCGCGGGGGGGGCAGGCUGAGCGGCGGCGGGAAGAGCACCCUAGGGAAGAGAAGGACGCGAGGCCCUGAGGCGGGGGACAGUGACGAGCUCCCCUUCGUCGUCAGCCGGGAACCAGUACGCGGCCACCCACCCGCCCGCCGGGCCACGAUCCCUAGUCCGCAGAGAUGUCAGCUGCCGGCGUCCGGGGUCUGAGGGCCACCUACCACCGGGUCCUCGAUAAAGUGGAGCUCAUGUUGCCUGAGAAAUUGAGGCCGCUCUACAACCACCCGGCAGGUCCCAGAACAGUUUUUUUCUGGGCUCCAAUUAUGAAAUGGGGGUUGGUGUGUGCUGGAUUGGCUGACAUGGCCAGACCUGCAGAAAAACUCAGCACAGCUCAGUCUGCUGUUUUGAUGGCUACAGGGCUUAUUUGGUCAAGAUACUCACUUGUAAUUAUUCCAAAAAACUGGAGUCUGUUUGCUGUUAAUUUCUUUGUCGGUGCAGCAGGAGCCUCUCAGCUCUUUCGUAUUUGGAGAUAUAACCAAGAACUAAAAGCUAAUGCAAACAAAUAAAAGAGCUCCUGAUCAUCCCAACAACCUAGAUGUAGCCAUAACCACUGGGACCUAGUUUGAUUUGUCAUUUGGUUAUUGGUAAGGUGAAGCUCCCUGUGCUAAUGAUUGGAAUGCAUAAAAAAAUUCUAACUUAACUGGGAGCUAGGACUCGAUUCAACAGAAAAAUAAAGCAAAUUAUUAACAACA